CACACAUUGGCACGCAAUUGAUGAAGUUGCCAGAGUUAUUGUGGUUAUUUGGCACGAAAUUCAAGGUUUUCUUACCAGAUAUUCACGGUGUAGGCUGCUGGACCACUUUUGGACAUUUGUAAGAUAUAAUAUUCUGACUAGGGUAGCCUGAGACGAACGUUGGGUGAGAUCAACGAUGGAUAGUGACGAUGAGAAGGAAGCGUUUGAAGUCACCGAUUAUGACAUCGCUAACGAGUUCAACCCCAAUCGACCUCAAGGGAGACAGACUAAGGCCCAGGCCAUCUAUGGUAUGUGGGCACAGGAUAGCGAUGAGGAGAACGAAAGAGUUGGACUAGGCGGAGGAUCGCGGGGCGGAGGAUUUGAUCCUUUAGGAGACAUGGCUUUCAUCAGUAGAGGGUUCAAAGGCGACAACAAGAAAGACGAGGAUGCAGAGGGUGAUGAAAAUGAUGACGACGAACCUUCAACAAGCGCCGGCAAAGCGCCUAAAACCCAGGCUCAGAAGAGACAUGCCAAGCUGAUGAAAGCAGACAAGGAGUUUGCAAAGUGGCAGAAGUACACCACAGGAAUCGGAGAAAAGCUUCUCAUUCAGAUGGGGUAUAUUCCAGGCAAAGGUCUCGGCAAAGCAAACCAAGGUAUCGUUCGCCCCGUAGAGGCUACCAAGCAUAAAGGCAAAGGAGCCAUCGGUCAUGGUCGACCACUGCGGCAGACCAUCGUCUCGGACGAGGAGAUCGACGACGAGGAGAUAGCGAGGAAACUCGGCAAACCUGUAGCAGCUAAGGGAGCAGCCAAAUGGAAGAAAACCGAUGUCAAAGGUCAAAAGAACUAUGUAUACAAGACAGUGGAUGAGGUCAAACGGACAGGGAUAUCCAAGAAACAGCCCAAGUCUCUCCCAAACCAACGACUUACAAAUGUGAAAGUGAUCGAUAUGACCGGACCGGAGCAGCGUGUUCUGUCCGGGUACUCUGAGAUCUCUAAAGGUCACGACAAGCCCGUAGAGACGUUUGAAUCUGUCGAGGCGGGGAAGAAGACGUUUGAGAUGCCGGAGCUGAUGCAUAACUUGGAUCUUCUUGUUGAGAUGGCGGAGCAGAGGAUUAUUAAGCAUGAUAGACAAUUACAUCAUGAGGAUGAUAUGAUCGUGAACCUUCAGCAUGAGAAUCAGAAGACAGGUCAAAUCUUGGAGCAAGAACAAGCCGUCAUCGAUAGAUUAUCAACGGUCGUUGAGGUUGUAGAGAGUCUCGCUGAGAGGUCAACCUCGGGACAUACUAACCCGGUGACCUUGAAUGACUUUGAGGAAAGUUUAAAGAGGCUUCGGGAGGACAUGGCUGAAGAGUGGAAAGCCUUUCAACUUGUCGAUAUAACUAUAGCCCUGGUCUUUCCAUUGAUCCAAGCUGAGCUCCGUGACUGGAAACCCAUCAGUGAGACCAAGAAGCACCUGGACCUGUUCCAGACGUGGAAAGAUAUCCUAGACUCACCAGACUGUCAGCUAAUCAUCCAGGACCAUCCCGCUAUAACCGCUUACGAGAGACUGGUCUGGGAAGAGUGGAUGCCCGUUGUUAGGAGAGGAAUCACUGGAUGGAAUGUUCAUGAUUGUGAUCCUCUGAUUGAGUUUUUAGAGAACUGGCUCCCUCUUGUUCCCCGUUGGAUCCUUGAUAACAUCCUUGACCAACUCAUCUUCCCCAAACUACAGAGGGCGGUAGAGAGUUGGAAUCCGCUGACAGAUGUUGUACCUAUACACUCCUGGCUCCACCCAUGGUUACCGUUGCUAGGUGAGCAGCUAGCUCCUCUCUACAUCCCGAUCCGACAGAAGUUUGGUUCGGCUCUCAGGGACUGGCAUCCUAGCGAUAGCUCGGCUAAAACUAUCCUGUUGCCAUGGAAACCAGUAUUCUCCAAAGGAACCAUGGAAGCUUUUGUAAUAAGGCAUAUCGUUCCCAAGUUGGCCAUGUGCUUACAGCAGUUUGUGGUCAAUCCGUACCAGCAACAUCUAGAACCCUUUGAAUGGGUGAUGGCGUGGGAAGACUUCAUGCCCCGCCCAACGCUGGUCAAACUCUUCGAGACCAAUUUCUUGACGAAGUGGCUUCAAGUCUUGUGUUCUUGGCUGAACAACAGUCCUAACUACCAAGAAGUGGUUUCCUGGUAUAGUGGCUGGAAGAAACUAUUCCCUGACUACCUGCAUGCUGAACCAGGAAUCAAAUCAUUCUUCAACCAAGCCUUGGAUGUAAUGAAGAGAUCUGUGAGUGGAUCAGGACCGGUCCAGGUGAACCGUCCACCUCCACCCCCAGGACCGCCCCCUACCGCACCGCCACCGCCAUCACAACCAAUCAGCAAAUGGAAUAACGAGCCUGUAAUGGUAAAGAGCUCGACCUCUGGGAUUCCAACAACUUUCAAAGAUCUUCUGGAAAGGAAGGCGGCCGAGAGUGGAAUCUUAUUUGCACCUACCCAGCGUCGGCAAGAAGGAAAGACGGUGUAUAACUUUGGCCAUCUUCUGAUGUAUAUUGACCGUGGGGUAUCGUACGUCCAGCAAGGCGGUGACUGGACACCAACAUCUAUCUAUACCAUGAUUGAUCUGGCUCAUAAAGGAUCGUGACAUCAUUAAGACUGAUUAUGACGUAGUAAAGACUGAUUGUGACAUCAUGAAGACUUUGGUUGUGACAUCUUUCAACGGAAGUUGUGACAUGAUACAGACAGUAUCUGAAACCCUGAAACAUGAAUAAAUUGGAUAUGGCAUCUAAGGAUAUUGGCUGUGACAUCAUCAAGGUAUCCAUUGUGACAUCAUAGAGAGAACGAUUGUGACAUCUUGAAAC